AUGGCGACGUCGUUGGGGGCGAACACGUACAACCGGCAGAACUGGGAGGACGCGGAUUUUCCGAUUCUCUGUCAAACAUGCCUUGGAGAUAACCCCUAUAUUCGAAUGACAAAGGAGAAAUACGGGAAAGAGUGCAAGAUCUGUUCCCGGCCUUUCACUGUUUUCCGUUGGUGUCCCGGAGCUCGGAUGCGUUUUAAGAAAACUGAGGUGUGCCAGACAUGCAGCAAGCUGAAGAAUGUGUGCCAGACCUGCCUGCUGGACCUGGAAUACGGUUUGCCCAUCCAGGUCCGUGAUGCAGGAAUAUCCCUCAAGGAUGAGAUGCCAAAGUCUGAUGUCAAUAAGGAGUACUACACACAGAACAUGGAGCGAGAGAUCCAGAACUCGGAUGGGACGAGACCUGUGGGUGCUCUGGGCAAAGCCACCAGCUCCAGCGACAUGCUGCUGAAAUUAGCCAGGACCACACCGUACUACAAACGCAACCGGCCGCACAUAUGCUCCUUCUGGGUCAAGGGAGAAUGCAAGCGAGGAGAAGAGUGUCCCUACAGGCAUGAAAAACCAACUGACCCGGAUGAUCCUUUGGCUGAUCAGAAUAUCAAGGAUCGUUACUAUGGCAUUAAUGACCCAGUGGCUGACAAGUUGCUGAAACGGGCAGCGACCAUGCCCAGGUUGGACCCACCAGAGGACAAGUCCAUUACAACUCUGUACGUGGGAGGUCUUGGGGAGCAGAUCUCCGAGACAGAGCUACGGAACCAUUUUUACCAGUUCGGAGAGAUUCGCUCCAUUACUGUGGUCCAGCGUCAGCAGUGUGCAUUCAUCCAGUUUGCCACCAGGCAGUCCUCCGAGCUCGCAGCUGAGAAAUCAUUCAACAAACUCAUUAUUAAUGGACGGAGGCUGAAUGUCAAAUGGGGCAGGUCACAAGCUGCCAGAGGGAAAGAGAAGGAGAAAGACCCCAAUGUUUCAGAGUCUGGAAUGAAGCUGGAGCCAGUUCCAGGGCUGCCUGGUGCAUUGCCCCCACCUCCACCAACCGUUGAGGAGGAGACUCCCACCAACUUCUUCAACCUUCCGCCCAGUGCUCCACCUGCCGUGAUGAACAUAUCACUGCCUCCUCCACCUGGCAUUGCGCCACCCCCACCACCAGGGUUUGGAGCCACCUUGUUCCAUGGCAUGCCGCCUCCACCACCUCCCUUCCUACGGGCUCCAGGUCCCAUCCAUUAUCCAUCACAGGACCCUCAGCGGAUGGGUGCCCACACAAACAAGCCCAGUAAUGCCUAAGACCAGACUGAAUUUGACUCUUCGACUCGCCUGCUCCAGGCUGUCAGGCAUCAACGUCAACCGAACCGGAGUUUUGGGAAAGUUGCGUUCUCGAGCGUCUUUUUUUUAAAAAAAAAAUGAAUCCCACAUCCAUUCCAACACUUUUUUAAAACAUUUUAGGAUUUGGCAGACUUGGUUUUAUUGCUGCCCCACCUGAGCAGAGAGCAGUAUGAGUGGCUUCUCUCUAUUCCCUCUUUGCUGAUUGGGCAGGGUUGGGAUUUGCUUCUGACCCAUGUUGUUGAGCAGCACGGUUCUUGACCUCACCCCCUGCCCUCUCAAGGUAAAGGGUUGACCGGUACCCUGUCCAGGUAGAGGCCUGAGGUACACUUGGCUAGAUUGUAAAUUGCAUGCCUUUCUUCCCUUUCCACCACCCUCCUCACUCCCCCUCACAAAACCUCUCAUAAACUGUGUAUCCUGUAUCAUCCCCAUCUCAACUCCUGCUCUCAGAAGUUCCAGUGUUUACCCUGUGGGUGUUGAGCCUCACAGAUGAGGAAGUACGUUCCCGCACUGUCACUGUCACAGACACUGCAGCAAUGGAGACGCUGAAGUAUGGCCUGUACCUCUGGGCUUUACGGGCUGGUGAGGAGCAGGGACCUGUAUUAAAAUGCCUCUCGCUCACAGCUCAGUUCCAGCUGCGAAACCCUUUACCACGACCUUCUCACCAAGUGCCACAGCCCAGCUUGAAUACCAAAUAAUACUGAACCAGUAACUUGAGGGCUAGGUGCUUGCUGAGAUCUGUGCCCUCUGAGGUGUGCAGAACAUGGGCUGGGCGACAGGUGUCAUUUGAGCAAAAUUGUUUCUUUUUUAAAAAAAAAAGGCAAAGCACAAACAAGCUGGCAUUUGGCAUUUGUGUUAAGCCUGGAUUAUUAUCUGUGUGUGUGUGAAUGUGAAUGAUCAUGCCUAACUGGAGCCUAGAAACACUGCGCUUCCUUGAUGGUUAGAAUGGAAGCUGUCGUGAGCAUACAUGAGUAAAUUGAAGGCUUUCAUUCACCGGAGCUUCACAGAGCCUGCAGGGUCCACCUCGCAGGAAUGAAGUGGUGAGUUACGCGACCAGUAGAGACUGUGGAAGGCCAGUGGUAAACAUGCGAUUAUAACCAUUGGUGCUGGUAUCGUGCAUGCUCUACAUUGCCUGCCUCUGUUUCAAUCUUUAUUAAUCAUUUUUAUUUUGUCCAGUCAGACAUCAGAAGCCAGAAAUUGGAAAAUUAGUUAUCCAUCAGGCUUGUGAUUGACACAAGUCUAGGUGAAUUCUUUACUUUAAAAGUGUUUGUACACUGAAUAAGUGUGACCUGGCGUGGGCCUGGUGUGUUCUUUUCUGGAUUAGGGAGGUACAGCAGUAUAUUAUACCCUGUGCCACAACCAAUAACCUACAGGUCAAGCAAAGCGAUCCAUGUGGUGGUAGGACACUUGCUGGAAUGUUCUACCUGUGUGUCUGUUGUUGGUCUCUGUUUCCUGGUGUCAUGUGGAAUGUGGCUGCAUCAAGCAGUGAGACUGCACGCAGGGGUGCGAGUACAUUUUGUUUUUCGACAUCCUGCUGGUAGUUUUGGGUCCUUUACGCUAACCCCACUUUCAUCCUGGACUGCACUGAAAAUCCGACUCAAUACCGUAUUGCCUUUUUAAAAAAAAUUUAUGCUACUGUUUGUUUAUAGGUAAGGUGCUGAAGGUGAAAGGUUAUUGCGCAGCAAUGGGGCAGCCAUUGUGAGCCUCACAUUAAUUGUUCAUCGAGAGCUGUUUUUGUGAAUGGUUUCCAGUGACUGCCUGCAGAAACUCUGAAAUGCUGCUGCCAUUGAUCCACCUCCACCUGACCAAGCUGUCAGCUGUUGAAGGUAUCAGUCCCUUCAAUGAGAUAAAAAUUCAGCAGUUCCCUACUCCUGCCCUGCCUCAAAACCCCAUCCCUAAAUGUCCAGCUGUGAGCAGUGACGAUGAAUGAACCAUCUGGCUUUGUGGAGAGCUGGGGGUGCAGAAUUGUCUGGUUAUCCCUGCAGAUUUAUAUUUUUACAGUGGGAUUGAGAGGCUUGAUUGGGACAAGGUGACCUCUGAUCCUCCUCUGCACAGCCCAGACCCAUAGCAGUGAACCCUGCUUUCCCUAAUGAUGGGCAGACUGGUCCCUGUGACUCCCCCCAGAUGAAGUGUCCCAGUGGAGUAACAGAAGUUUAGCAUGCACUGAGACAAUCCAUUCUCAAAGUCACACUGCACAACCUGAUCCCAACUUUGCUUUAUAAAUGUAGAAUCCUGUUUUCUUUUAAUGUCCUAAAAUGCUUGUUGCUGCAUUUGAAGUUUAAAGACCUUUGCGUGCUCUUCAGACUGCACUGGGGAGACAGUGAUGCUGCCCCUUUACAGCGUGGUUGGCAGAGGGUAUGGAACUUGUCACUCAUAAAACUGCAAAAUGUGAAUUGUGAUCCUGUCAGUCCAUUCAAACCCAUAAAGGUUCAUCUUUUUGAUAA